AAGAAAUUAAAUUAAGUUAUGAUGUAUGAAGAAUAUGAUGAUUUUCCUCUUUGUUUUGUAAAGGCCAUUCGAGUAUAUUUGAAUGGAGAUUCUUCAAAGUAUACAGAUUUGAAGAUAGCUUAAAAUACAACAUGGAGUGACAUUUAAAUACAACUGGAUUAGAAAUUUGGUAAAUUUAAGGAGAUGAGAUUGUUUACAUAAUAAGGUGUAGAAAUAUUUGAUGAUGAUGUUAAGUUUUUUAAAGAUGGAUAAUCAUUUUAUGCAUCUAGAGGAGGUAUUAUUAAAAUAAUUGAAUUUCAGAUGAAUUUGAUCCUUAUUCUCCAUUCUCAUAAUAUGAAACAAUGAAAUAAUUAGGAGAAGGUGGUUUUGGAUAUGUAACACUUGCUAAACAUAGGAUAACAGGUGAAUUAGUUGCAAUAAAGAUAAUAAAAAUGAUAGGAAAUGCUUAAGACAUAGAACUAAAUUUUAGAGAAGCAGAAGUUUUACGUUCUUUAAGUCAUAAGAAUAUAGUAAAAGUUUUUAAUUCUUAUGCAUUAAAAAAUACAUAAAUGGCUGUUAUAAUGGAAUAUUUGGAAGGUGGUGAGUUAAGUGAUAGAUUGAAAUAGAAAGGAGGAAGAUUCUCAGAAGAAGAAGCUUGCAAAUAUUUUAGAUAGAUUGUAUAUGCAAUUUCAUAUUGUCAUUAAAAAAAUGUAGUUCAUAGAGAUUUGAAAUUAGAGAAUUUAUUAUUUACAUCACCAGAUUCUGAUGAAUUAAAAGCUAUAGAUUUUGGAAUUGCUGGAAUUCAAUGUCCAACUAAUACAGAUCAUGUUAAUAUUGGCAGUUUGCAUUAUAUGGCUCCUGAAAUUCUUGCAGGAAGAGUAACAAGAGUUAGCACAUCUGUUGAUAUAUGGGCUAUGGGAAUUAUACUCUAUAAAAUGCUUUUUGGAAAUGUUCCAUUUAAUGGCAAAACACAAUAAGAUAUAAUUAAUAAUAUAAUCAAUAAGGAAUUGUAUUUCCCACCAAAUAAUUUGAGUGAAGAGGUUAUCACUUUGUUGAAUCAGAUGUUAGAAAAAAAUAAUGAAUAACGAUUGAGAAUAACAGAUGUUGAAUAUCAUCCUUGGGUAAAUACAGAAUAGAGAACUCCUCAACAGAAAUAAAUGUUUCUAUAAUUACCUUCAGAAGGAAGUAUUCGUAAAGCUAGACCAUCUGCUAGCCCAAGAGCAAGAAGCAAGUCACCAAAUCCUUCAGGAAUUCUUAAACAUCCUAAUAUAUUCAAAUUAUGA